AUGUUAGCUAUCGCCUGCCUAAAUAACUUCGACAUAUCGGAAAAUUUAGAACAAUUAGCAGAGAAAUUACAUCAUAUGCGGUACACAAGAACCAUUAUAUAUUUCAAGGGCCCUGCACAUAACUACGUGAAGAGUAUUUUAGAAAAAUGCGAAGAUCUCCAAAUACUGAAUACACUAUUGGUGCCAUUUGAUUUUCAGAAAUCAAGAAAAUAUUAUUCCUGGGAGAAGUUUCCCUUCUUUGAAGUCAAAUUACAUAUUUUUGAUGAAUUCCAGCAGACCACAUAUUUUCCCAAUAAAAUAAAAAACCUGAAAGGUGCUAUACUACGUGCUUAUCCAGAUCGAUCAAUUCCAAACUCUUUCAUAUAUACCAACAAGAAAGGUGAAGUGAUUUUAAGUGGUUAUAUUGGAAAAUUUGUGAAAAAUUUUGCUCAAAAUAUUAAUGCCACUCUCGAAUUCCCAUAUUCCAAUGACAACAGCACUGUAUUUUAUCGACAAAUUUUACAUACAGUGGGCAAUGGAUCUUUUGAUAUUGGUGUGACAUUAUCGGUACCACAAAACUUUAUUGAACAAGGUCUGCACUCAUACCCAUUUGAAUUUGUAAAAUGGAUGCCCAUGUUGCCAUUGCUUAAAGAUUUAGACACGAGUGAGGUGUUUUUCUACAUGAGUAGUACAGAAAUUAUUCUGACGCUUUUCACACUUUUCCUCAUUUACUCAGUACUUUUGACAUAUAAUGAAGUUUUCUAUAAACCCCUAAAGGAUGUCAACUUCAUAAAUUUUAUAUUUAAUGAAAAAGGUAUAUGUGGUAUUGUGGGUUCAAGUUUUAAAACACAAAAAGAACCCUUACUAAAUUUACGGAUAGUUUAUAUGAGUAUCUUCCUAACUGGUCUGGUAUUUAACUCAAUGUAUGGUGCACAUUUGAAUACAUUUUUUACAAAACCCUUACCAGCAAAGCAAAUCAAAUCAUUUGAUGAUCUAUUAGAUGGUCCUGUUAAAAUUAUGAUAGCAGAACAAGAAGUGCAUGUGUUUAACGUAAACCCUGGCAAACACUUUUGGCCUAAAUAUCAUAGUGGCUUUGUUGUAGUUCCAAUGUUUCAGGACUUUAUCAAAACGCGAGAUAGCUUGAAUACAAGUUAUGGUUAUCCAGUAACAAGCACUUUUUGGCCUAUGAUUGAGGAACAACAAUCACUUUUUACAAGAAAAUUAUUUCAAAUUGUUGAUAAUAUGUAUUUUGUGCCAUUUUCGCAUUUCAGUGUACCAUUACAGGAGAAUUCGAUUUACAAAGAACAUGUGGAUGUAUAUGUAUUUAAUGCGCAAGAUUCCGGUUUACUUAGACAUUGGAUUUCAACAAGCUUCAGAGAUUUGGUAAAGCUGAGAAGAAUGUCUUAUAGGGACUUAAGUAAACGACAUACUGUAACUGCCUUAAAAAAAUGA